AUGUGUGACCUAGAAGCAUCAAUAAAUGUUUUACUGCUUUCCAUCUAUAAGAAGCUGGUAGGAGUAAGAACGGUUGAUACGAAGGUGGUGAUCCAGUUAGCGGAUAGGUCAUGCAUUAGUCCAGAGGGUGUGUUGGAAAACGUGAUAGUUAAGGUGCAUGAUUUCCUAUAUCCAGCCGAUUUCCAUGUGAUUAGGAUGAAUGAAUAUGAAUCUACUGAGUCUAGCAGAGUGCUUUCAGGUAGACCAUUCCUACGCACCGUUAAGACUAUAAUUGAUGUUUUUGAUGGAACAAUUUGUCUGGACUAUCAUGGGGAGAAAUUCACUUUCAAUAUUGAUGAAGCAAUGAAAAAACCUUUAGGUGUAGAAAAUCUUCAUGUUGUGGAUAUCAUUAACUCCUUGUUGACAGAUGAAGAGCUAGCAGAGGCGAUUGUGGAAUUCUAUAAGAGUCCUGAAUCCGCUAGGUCAAGGGAAUCAGCCCAGGUGGCUAGAUUGGAAAAAUUUCCAAGACCUGAAGGAUUAAUCACCAAGGAAAUGGAAAAGAAUCCACUGCCCCAGGAGACAAGUUCACCAAAGAAGGAGUUGAAAACACUGCCACUAGGUCUAAAAUAUGCUUAUUUGGAGGAGAACGAUACGUUCCCUGUAAUCGUCAACAACAACUUGACCCAUGAACAGGAAAAUGAGUUACUUGAAGUGAUCAGGAGAAAUAAGAAAGCCAUAGGGUAG